UCUGGUGCGCGGCCGCGCGGCCAAUCAGCGCCUGCGGGGCCGGGCUCCGCCCCUUCCGCGGCGCAUAGUGUCCGUAGCCGAAUUGGCGGCUCGGGAAGCUCCGGGUGCGCGGCGACAUGGUGCGCGGCAGGAUCUGCAGACUCUUGGUGCGCGACGUGCGCUUCCCCACAUCGCUGGGGGGCCACGGCUCCGACGCCAUGCACACAGACCCUGACUACUCGGCUGCCUAUGUCGUCUUAGAGACCGAUGCGGAAGACGGGCUCAAGGGGUACGGGCUUACCUUCACUCUGGGAAAAGGCACGGAAGUUGUUGUCUGUGCUGUGAAUGCCCUCGCCCACCAUGUGCUUAACAAGGACCUCAGGGACAUCGUCGGUGACUUCAGAGGCUUCUACAGGCAGCUCACAAGCGACGGGCAGCUCAGAUGGAUCGGUCCUGAGAAAGGUGUUGUGCAUCUGGCUACCGCGGCCCUUCUCAACGCUGUGUGGGACCUGUGGGCCAAGCAGGAGGGAAAGCCUCUGUGGAAGUUACUUGUUGACAUGGACCCCAGGACGCUCUUAUCCUGCAUCGAUUUCAGGUACAUCACAGACGUCCUGACAGAGGAGGAAGCCUAUGAAAUACUGCAGAAAGGUCAAGUUGGUAAAAAAGAGAGAGGGCAAAUGCUGAUGCACGGCUACCCUGCCUACACCACGUCGUGCGCCUGGCUGGGGUACUCCGAUGACACGCUGAAGCAGCUCUGCACGGAGGCACUGAAGGACGGCUGGACCAGGUUUAAGGUUAAAGUGGGUGCUGAUCUCCAGGAUGACAUCCGCAGGUGCCGCCUCAUCCGAAACAUGAUUGGACCUGAGAAGACGUUGAUGAUGGAUGCCAACCAGCGCUGGGAUGUGCCCGAGGCGGUAGAGUGGAUGUCAAAGCUGGCUGAGUUCAAGCCACUGUGGAUUGAGGAGCCCACCUCCCCUGAUGACAUUCUGGGACACGCAGCCAUUUCCGAGGCACUGGUCCCAUUAGGAAUUGGCGUUGCCACCGGAGAACAGUGCCACAAUAGAGUGAUAUUUAAGCAACUCCUACAAGCGAAAGCCCUGCAGUUUCUCCAGAUUGACAGCUGCAGGCUGGGAAGUGUCAAUGAAAACCUCUCGGUGUUGCUGAUGGCCAAAAAGUUUGAAAUUCCCGUUUGCCCUCAUGCCGGUGGAGUUGGCCUCUGUGAAUUGGUUCAGCACCUGAUUAUAUUUGACUUCAUCUCCAUUUCUGCAAGCCUUAAGAACAGGAUGUGUGAAUAUGUCAACCACCUGCAUGAGCAUUUCAGGUAUCCUGUGGUCAUCAAGAAAGCGUCCUACAUGCCUCCUAAGGAUGCUGGUUAUUCAACAGAAAUGAAGGAGGAAUCUGUAAAGAAACACCAGUAUCCACAUGGGGAAGUCUGGAAAAAACUCCUUGCUGCUCAAGAGAAUUAAUGUUCAGCCCUAACACCCUUUCCUAAGUGAAAAGGCUUAACCAUUUCUUCGG